AUGCAGCGAAAUCUGCUGUUUUGCGACGAAAGAAUUUCGAGAAAAACGUUCUGGUAUUUUGAAAUGAACAUACCAUUUUUGGAAGGAGUUCCACAUUCACUCUCUCCAAAUCUGCCACCUCUCUUCCCAUCAUGGACACUUACAUGUGUUGGUCCAAACAGCUACUACACGCACUCCUAUGGUCUUCGCGACCAGCCGAAUUUAAAGUUAGGUGGAGAGUAUCUGUACCCUGUCAGUGUACAACUAGAGGUUGACCCAGUAUCUUGGGACAGAGAUAUGCAGUAUGUCCAGGCUGUGGAAGGGAUCUCAUCACGUCCACCUCCUCGUAAACCACGAAGGUUGCCAGCAGAAGUGGAAAAAGUCAAACUCUUCAUAGGAAUGGAGUAUGAAUGCCCACGGGGUCAUCGGUUUUUUGUCGGGGAGAACGGAGAACCGUUAAGGUUGCCCAAGAACUCAAACGCCAGAUCCGCUAUGAGUCGAGAAUCAGACGAUGUAUUCUUACAUCGUGACUUCCCGUUAAGACGUCAAUGCACAUGCAGGAAGCUACCUGUCCAAACUGCUCAGCUGAUGCGAGUUCAUGUCGUCACUCCAAAGGCACCCAUUACUGUGACCGUGCAGCCAGCGGUUGAGAUUCCUGGUCAAGAAGGAUUUUUCGGGACAGGAGAAGGUCCGCUACACCUCUCAUGGGCUAGAUACUACAUAUUGCAAUUGCCGUUCAUAUAUUCCGGACCAUCAGGAGUUUGGAUACCUCCUGUUGGAGUGGAACGGGUUGGAACGUUUAAAGGAGACGCGAUACAGGUUUCAGCCACUAUUAGGGGAACGUCAUCAAAAGACAAUCCCGAAAAACUGGCGGGCAGUUGUGCACGUGAUGAUCAGUGGAUGGCUUUGCCAGGCUCUAGUUUAAUACUAAUGGAGUGUAUAGCCGGAUCAAAACGACAUGAAGCUCGAUCCAACUGCGUGAGCGACAACGUUCGAUGCGGCGUGGAAGAGCUAGCGGCUGGGAUCAAGGUGGGACCGAACUGUCGCGAACUGCACCGAUGA